GAGAAGCCGGCGGCCCCGGAAGCCUCCGUUCGCGUUCCCCCGUCACCCUUUCCUGCCCGCCCCCGCUGCUCGCUCCGGAGAGAGGCAGAGGCCGGGGUGGAGGCCAGGUGCCGACUGUCUUUCCCCAAGAUGGCGGCGGGGCCGGGCCGGCGGCGGCGACUGUUGCAGUUACUCAUGCAGUUCGGUUCGGUGCUGCUCACGCGGUGUCCGUUCUGGGGCUGCUUUAGUCAGCUCAUGCUGUAUGCCGAACGGGCCGACGCGCGCCGGAAGCCGGACAUCCCCGUGCCCUACCUGUACUUUGACAUGGGGGCCGCUGUCCUCUGUGCCAGCUUCAUGUCGUUCGGAGUGAAGCGCCGCUGGUUUGCGCUGGGAGCUGCCCUCCAGCUGGCUGUCAGCACCUAUGCAGCCUAUGUCGGGGGCUAUGUCCACUAUGGAGACUGGCUGAAGGUCCGAAUGUACUCCAGAACCAUUGCCAUUAUUGGUGGCUUUCUGGUGUUGGCUAGUGGGGCAGGUGAGCUCUAUCGCCAGAAACCACGAAGCCGUUCUCUGCAGUCUACAGGCCAAGUGUUCUUGGGCAUCUACCUCAUCUGUGUGGCUUACUCCCUCCAGCACAGCAAAGAAGACCGGCUGGCAUAUCUGAACCACAUUCCGGGAGGGGAGCUUACACUUCAGCUGCUCUUCAUCCUUUAUGGUGUCCUGGCGCUGGCCUUCCUCUCUGGCUACUAUGUGGCCCUGGCUGCUCAGAUCCUGGCUGUGCUGCUACCCCUCAUCAUCCUCCUCAUUGAUGGAAACAUCGUUUAUUGGCACAACACUCGGCGAGUGGAGUUCUGGAAUCAGAUGAAGCUCAUUGGCGAGAAUGUGGGCAUCUUUGGGGCUGCAGUGAUCCUGGCCACGGAUGGCUGA